GAAUAUGAGGAAAUGAGGUUUCAUUCGUUCUCUUUGGACUGCGCCGAGUCGAUUGCCGAGCUCACUGAUGUGAACGCGUCGGUUCGGUGAUCUGCUGGCCUGGUCUGCGCAUGAGCGGGGACGCGCAGGGAGAGGAGUGGGACUGGGAGCAGCUGUGGCAAAUGUUCCACCAGUCCAGCAAUCUCGAGAAGAAAAGGCAAUUUACGACUGAAGAAAACACUUUAACGCACUCUUUGAGCGGAAUCUAGUGAGGGCAAGCGCGUCGGGCGUCCGCGAUCACCUGCGAAGCGUCCAAAGUAGCAGAUCGGCGCGUUUUCUGAACUCACUGCAAACAAAAUAACAGCCCCGAAAGACUGACAAUAAAAGCCCACAACUGACACCAGACCGAGCCGGGGCCUCGAUACACCGUCCUCUCCUCAACUCGGACGUUUACCCUGCACUACUUUCAGAGAAAAGCCCUUCUUCUCUUUGUGAAACUCAGGAAACAAUGAAGACUUAAACUCAUGCGUUAGCCGCUGAGCUGAGUGUGUGUGUGUGUGUGAGUGAGUGUGUGUGUGUGAAGAGAGUGCGCUCUUCUCUCUUCUCCAGGAAACUUUCUCCCGUGGCUUUAAAAGACUGGAAGCAGAAGAAGCUUUGACAGACUCGGGGAAGAAGCUCAGGCUGUCUUCUUGAUUUCUGCAUGGAGGUGAGGGGCGAGGACAGGGGAUCGGACGGCAGCAGAGGCCCCGACUCGACCCACUUUCCUCUCUACAGCAAACCCUCGCGAGCACGGCUGACGGAUCCUGACAUGAUGAUCUACCCCAGCCCUGGAGGAGAGGACCUCACGGGGAGAGCCGCCGCCGCUGCCGGGUGCGAGUCGCCCUCCUCGGAUGGGCCGGGCAGCAGCCGGAUGUCGCCCACCGACGGGCCCACGGUCUUCCCACCUUUACCGCCACCCCCUCCGCCGUCUGGAAUCGGGGCGCAGGGGAGCGUGGAUGAAAGUGAUCAACAGGAUGGGCCAGAAUAUGAGGAAGAGGAGGUUGUUUUCCCCCUUUCAGCGCCGCCCACCAACCAAUGGUACCAUGGAAUGUUGGACAGAACCAUUGCAGAAGAGCGAUUGCGUCAGGCUAGGACACCGGGCAGCUACCUCAUCAGGGAAAGCGACCGCCGGCCUGGCUCCUUCGUACUGUCCUUUCUCAGCGUGACCAAUGUGGUCAAUCACUUCAGGAUCAUUGCGAUGUGUGGAGAUUACUACAUCGGUGGACGACGCUUCUCGUCCCUGUCAGACCUCAUCGGUUACUACAGCUAUGUGUCUUGCCUACUGAAAGGUGAAAAACUGUCGUCUCCAGUGGCUCCCCCAGAGCCAGUAGAGGACAGGCGACGAGUGAGGGCCAUACUUCCAUACACCAAAGUGCCAGAAACUGAUGAAAUCAGUUUUCUCAAAGGAGACAUUUUUAUCGUUCACAAUGAACUGGAUGAUGGUUGGAUGUGGGUAACCAAUUUACGGACAGAAGAACAGGGCCUUAUAGUGGAUGAUCUUGUGGAGGAGGUGGGACGAGAAGAGGAUCCCCAUGAGGAAAAAUGUAACUGGUACCACAGAAAGAUCAGCAAACAGGAAGCGUACAACUUGCUAAUGACAGUUGGUCAGGUCUGCAGCUUUCUGGUCAGGCCGUCGGACAACACACCUGGCGACUACUCCCUCUUCUUUCGUACCAAUGAGAACAUCCAAAGGUUCAAGAUCAGCCCCACUCCCAACAACCAGUACAUGAUGGGAGGGCGGUACUAUAACAGCGUCGACGAUAUUAUUGAACGUUACCGAAAAGAGCAGAUCGUGGAGGGCUACACUCUGAAAGAUUCUGUCUCAGUCCAGCAAAAAGAGCAAGUCCUCUCCGACUUGGUCGAUGGCAGAGAAAUCUAUAACACUAUUCGACGGAAAACAAAAGAUGCUUUCUACAAAAACAUCGUCAAGAAAGGAUAUCUUCUCUUCAACAAAGGCAAGGGUAAGCGUUGGAAGCAUUUGUACUUCAUCCUGGAGGGCAACGACGCUCAGCUCAUUUACUUUGAGAGUGAGAAGCGAGCCACCAAACCCAAAGGACUAAUAGAUCUGAGCGUGUGCUCGGUGUACGGGGUCCACGACAGUCUGUUUGGCAGGCCAAACUGUUUCCAGAUUGUGGUUCAGCACUUUAGUGAGGAGCAGUACAUUUUUUACUUUGCCGGGGAGACACCUGAGCAGGCACAGGACUGGAUGAAAUGCCUGCAGACAUUCUGCAAUAACCUUAGGAAACCCUUACAGACCACAUUCAACAAGCGCUUGCGUCAGGUUAGCAGUCUAGUCCUGUAUGUGGAGGAGGCCCACAAACUUCCCAUCAAACACUUCACCAACCCUUACUGCACCAUCUCGCUGAACAGUGUGCAGGUGGCGAAGACUCAUCCUAGAGAGGGACAGAACCCCGUGUUCACGGAGGAGUUCAUCUUCGAUGACUUGUCGAGCGAAAUCAACAGAUUUGAAAUAAGCUUAAGCAACAAGACCAAGAAGAGCAAAGAAAGUGACAUCUUGUUCAUGCGUUGCCAGCUGAGCAAGCUGCAGAGGGGCCAGAUGAUCGAUGAGUGGUUUCCUCUGAGCUCCUAUGUGCCGCUCAAGGGAAUUGAGCCAGGCUCACUCCGCGUAAGAGUGCGAUACUCUAUGGAGAAGAUCAUGUCUGAGGAAGAGUACAGUGAAUUCAAAGAGCUCAUCCUGCAGAGAGACUAUCACGUGAUCUAUGCGUUGGCUCACGUUUGCGGACAGGACCGCACCCUGCUGGCCAGCAUCCUGCUCCGUAUCUUGAGACACGAGCGAGCCGAAGCGCCUUUACUGAGAACCUUGAAUGACAGAGAAAUUAAUAUGGAGGAUGAAGCCACGACACUGUUUCGGGCCACUACUCUGGCCAGUACUUUGAUGGAGCAGUACAUGAAGGCCACAGCCACUCCUUUCGUCCAUCACGCCCUCAAAGACACCAUACUGAAGAUCAUGGAGAGCAAGCAGUCCUGCGAGCUGAACCCGUCUAAACUGGAGAAGAAUGAGGAUGUUAACCUGAAUCUAGCUCACUUACUCAACAUCCUGUCGGAGCUGGUGGAGAAGAUAUUUAUGGCUGCUGAGAUCUUGCCCCCGACCCUGAGAUACAUUUAUGGCUGUCUUCAGAAGUCCGUUCAGCAGAAAUGGCCUACCAACACUACAAUGAGAACCAGAGUUGUGAGUGGUUUUGUCUUCCUAAGGCUCAUCUGCCCUGCCAUUCUCAACCCCAGAAUGUUCAACAUCAUUGCUGACCCUCCGUCCUCCACAGCAGGUCGAACGCUCACCCUGGUAGCAAAGUCUGUGCAGAACUUGGCCAACCUGGUGGAAUUCGGUGCAAAGGAGCCCUACAUGGAGGGGGUGAAUCCUUUCAUCAAGAACAACAAACAAAGGAUGAUCAUGUUUCUGGAUGAGCUGGGGAAUGUUCCUGAUCUCCCGGAAUCUACCGAGCACUUUAGGGCUGAUUUGUCCCGUGACCUUGCUGCCCUGCAUGAGAUCUGUGCUACUCAUUCUAGCGAACUCCGCACCCUCAGCAAUGAGAGAGGAGCACAGCAGCACGUGCUAAAAAAGCUGCUGGCCAUCACUGAGCUCCUCCAGCAGAAACAGGCGCAUUAUGCCUUGUCCAACAGCAUCAGGUAGUUCCUCCUCAGUCAUUUUGUCUGUCAGUUUGUCUCCGUCUCCAUGGAGUAGCCAAUGGGACCCAGCAUGCUCCACCCUCAUCCCCAUGCCAGCUCCCAACCUCCCCAUAUCUUCCAUCCUCCCUCUUCCUCCGCCUCAUUGUCUGUGCCACGAGAACUAUGCAAACUACAGCAGAUAACAAAACAGCUGGACUCCCAAGUCCAACACCAAUGACUUUAUAAUCACACGACCAGAUCGUUCGGUUUGACUGCUCUCCGUGUCUUGGGUACAUAUCAAUCUAACAGACGGGUCGAAUGAAUGACCCACUAAGUCGACAGAAUGAUGUUUUUAAAAUACAGGUUGCCAAAGUGUAUCUCUUCAUCUGCUUGAUCUGAAACUGAACUGACACAAGGCUGCAACGAUUCUUCUCUAUAACUGGAUUAUGAGCUAAAAUGCUUUUUAUACUGUAAUUUGUUACUGAUUUACAUGGCUAUGAAUAUGCAAAAUGUGCUCAGACUAGUGUUUUGUCCUUUUCCCUGUUCCAUUUAGUUCGAUUUGUGCUGUAGACUGGAUUUUGUUUUUCUUUUUAUCAUCCUCAGAGAGUAUGAUUAUUUUAUAUCAAAACAAUAAAUUCUCUUGCUGGAAUCAUGAGUAUAUAAUUUGAGGUAACCUGAUUUGUUUUCCAUAUGUUUGAUUGGUUCAGUCUUCCCUGAGACAAAUUCAAAGCCAGACUCGUUCUCAGGAGAAAUGUUUAACGUAAAAAAAACAAACAAAAAAUGUUUACAGCAGUAAAAUUUAUAAUAGUAAAGAUUGUAUCAGGAAUGCAUGCACUUAUUAAACGUGUUUUAUAAAGUACUGACUGUCUCAGAUCAGCUCGUGAAAACAGCUUUUGGAAAUAACAAGACGGCUGUUGUGCUCCUCUAAAACUAUUCUAGUGUUUGUCUAUGUUUUCAGUUCUUGAUUUUGAAUAAAGAACCAUUAUUAUGGUUAUCAACAGCA